AUGUUUCAUCUUUUCGUCUUAUUUGUUAGCUCUCGAAAUAUCACAAUUUCGAAGCGGGGUCAAACAUCAAAAUAUACUAUCUAUUAUCCUAAAACAGAACGCGGCCAACAACCAUGGUGGCGUACAGCAGCACGCGAGAUGCAAGCAGGAAUCAAAAACAUCACCGGUGAAGUUAUUCCAAUGAUCACGGACGACAACAAACUCGAAGGCAAAGGCAUUUUUAUUGGUCCUACUAAGUAUUCUAAAGAAAUGACAACUUUACGUUUUACAGAUUUAGGUCUUGAUGCAUAUGAGAUCCGAUUUGUUGGUGACGAACAUAUUAUUAUCAACAGUGGUUCACGUGGCACUAUUUAUGGUGUCUAUGAACUUUUAGAACAAUACGCUAAAUUUCGUUUUUACACUACAUGGAUGGAAUUCUAUCCGUCAGCUGAAGAAUUCAAUGUUGAUUCUGAAGUUAACAUCAGUGACGUUGCCGCAUAUCAAUAUCGCCAUAUUUGGGCCACAGACACAGCAUAUGGUUAUCUCCAUAGUAUUCGCAAACGAGUAAACACAGGCAGCCAAAACGUGGGAAAUACAUAUGGUGGUUUCAAAUGGUACACAUUCGAAACACAUACAUUUCGUUACCAAAUGCCAGUCAAUGAAUAUCCACUUGAAAAAUAUCCUGAAAUGUGGGCCUUGUUACCCGAUGGAUCACGAUCUAGAAGUGCUCCUUGCCUCUCAAAUCAAAAAGCCUUUGAUGUUAUACUUACCAAUAUCCUCAAAAAAGUUGAUGCAGAUAAUACAUCAUCAUGCAUUGAAGUUGGGCAUAAUGAUGAUCACGAGUAUUGCCAUUGCCCUGAUUGCUCUGCAAAGCAAACAAAAUAUGGUGAUAGAUACUCUGGAGUUAUGUUAGAGUUUGUCAAUCGAUUGGCUGAUGCAAUUAAGCUGAAAUAUCCGAAUCAUAUUAUCAAAAUGCUUGCAUACUACAUGACAGAAGACCCUCCAUUUAAUAUUGUCGGAAGAGACAAUGUCGCAAUUAAGUUUUGCCCAAUCAGAAAUGACAUCGGACACGCUGUUAACGAAUCUCAAGAUCUGGAUACAAUAAAAUCCAUUGAGAGAUUAAAAAAUUGGACUAAGGUUGUUAAGCAUAUUCAACUAUUUGAAUAUUAUACUAAUUUUAAUUACCCAAUGCAUAUUUAUCCUAAUAACGAUAUGAUAGGGAAAAAUUUACAAUUCUAUGCAAAAUUACAUAUAGAAGAAUAUAUGGGAGAAGAUGAUCUAUGGAUCUUGAACAAUCCAUUUAGAAGAGUCCAGCACACACAUAUGACAUAUUAUAGACAAUACAUACAAUCGAAAAUGAUGUUUUAUCCAGAUCGUCCGCUUCGUUAUUAUGAAGAUGAUUUCCUCUAUGGAUUUUAUGGGGCUGCAGCUGCUUCAUAUGUGCGAAGAUACUUAGAUGCUUCAGCUGAACUUGGAAAACUCAGACCAACGACUUCAAUUCCAUGCAUAGGUGGCCCUAUUUCUAGUAUUCAAAGCGAUAAUUUCAAUUACUACGCAAGAUGGCUCUGGGGUAAAGCUGUUGAAGGUGCAAUGGCAUCAGGAACAGAAAAACAAAUAUUUAAUACAUUAAUGGGAGAAAUACCAGCAAUGAACACAGUUUAUACCAUGGAGAAAGGUAAAUUAUGGCCAUUAAUUAUUGACUCCAAAAGAAGGGUCAGAUGCCAAGGCGCACAAUUCGAGGAAAUCGGAACAAAAAUUUUAGACAGAUGUCAUAAUUUAUCAUAUGUUGAUCCUUACACUAAAGGAAUUUGCUAUAUCAUACUUCACUUAGAAAAAUAUGGUCCUGCUGUUUAUGCAGAUUAUAAGUUGUACAGUGAAGGUGUUCCAGCAAUCAUUCUUAAAUCAGGUAAACUAAAAGCAAUUUCAGGUGAAGAACCAGCAUAUGGAAAAGUUUUCUCUUUUACCAAGAAUGGAGAAGAAUUCAUUGAUAAUGUCGAAUGUUUAGAUUUCUGUAUGUUCCGUACAUUCAAGAUCACCGGUCACAUCAACUACAACAUGAAACUUAUUAAAAACACAGACACAUAUGCCCAUUUCAAAUAUGAUCCAUCAGACUAUACACUUGAGAAAACAUAUACAUUAAAUGAUGACAAAUUAACAAUCAAUGUUAAAUAUCGAUACAAAGGAUGCAGCGAUUGUGGAGAUUUCAAAGGACGUCCAACAUUAUCAGUUCCUCUUGAUUUAGGUGACAGCAAAGAUGUUUUCUACAAGUUAGGUGAUGGUCCAUGGGUUCGUCCUCAUUUUGAUGUUGUUGCUACAUUUGUUAAUCACUUUGGUCAUAAUCUUAAUGGAGAAAAAUCAUUCUCCAUCUGCAAUGGUCGAACUCGGAAAGGCAUGCGAUUUGAAUUUCCUCCAUCGAAAGUCAACUACUUCUCAUGCUGCUUAAACAAAUCAUCUAAAUUCAUCAAAGUAUACACAGGUCAAUCAUAUCUUCACAUGAGAGUCGGUGACACAUAUGAAACAUCUAUUUCAUUAUCUCCUCUUGAAAAUGUUCUUGAUUUACCACAGAUUGAUAUGCCAAACUUAGACACGGGUGACAAAACUAUCCAUUAUUAUCCAAUGUAUUAUAUCAAUGACAUUGCAUUCCCUAAUGGUGGAGUCAAUCAACACAUUCCAGUUGCUGAUGAUCUUUCAUUUGCUGGUAUUUCAUCAUAUGUCAAAACAGGAUUACCUGACUUUGGAAGCAGACUUUCAUUCUAUCCAGAAUAUAAUAUUCCUUGGGUUUCAGGAAUCUCAGGCGGAAGCUUCACAUUGAGAAUAAGAGUUCGAUGCAUUAAUAGAUCUGGAGAAGACACUCCUUGGUGGUUUGGAUAUACAACUCCAAACAAAGAUACAUGGGCGACAGGGGGUUCCAAAUCUCAAAUUCCUAAAGAAGAUAGGUACUUUUAUGUAGAUUAUAAAGAAAAUCAUGAUCUCCAUUCAAAUACAAAUUAUUGGUUGCACCCAUUAGCUAUUUGUGGGAAGUAUGUAUGUUGA